CGAGGGUCUCCACGGACGCUCGCACGGUCCCGCCGCAGGACCGGAAGUCUCCAACGAAUUCGAGGAGCUCGUACGCGAGCGGUGACGGGCGCGCGGAUUGGUACACAGGUUUCGAAAGGGGUGUCGACUUCAGACGGGACGCGGUACGAACAAAAUAAUGGGCCUCUUCAACAACUGGUUCAAGAGCAGGGAGGACAAGCUACUGGACCAGAUCUUCAACCUGAAGUUCACCGCGAAGCAGCUGGCGAGGACGGCGGCGAAGUGCGAGAGGGAGGAGAAGGCGCUCAAGGCCAAGGUAAAGACGGCGAUCGAGAAGGGUAACAUCGAGGGGGCGAAGAUCCACGCCACGGACUCGAUCCGCAAGAAGAACGAGAACCUCAACAUGCUCAGGCUCGCGUCCCGCCUCGACGGCGUGGUGUCCCGGUUGGAGACGCAGCACAAGAUGAACAUGGUCAACAAGAACAUGAGCGUCAUCGUCAAGUCGUUGGAGCAGUCGCUCAAGGACAACAACCUCGAGAAGGUGAGCGAGAACAUGGACCAGUUCGAACGGCAGUUCGAGAACCUCGACGUCCAGACGGAGUUCGUCGAGCAGGCGAUGGGGAACACCACCGCGGCGACCACCCCGCCCGAGGAUGUCGCCAAGCUCAUGCAGGAGGUUGCGGAUGAGCACGGGCUGGAGUUCGCCGCCAACCUGCCGGAGGCCAACCAGGAGGCGCUGCCGGAGGCCCCGGCGGCGCAAAAGGAGGACGAUCUCUCCAACAGACUCGCGGCGCUGCGAGCCAGGUGAUGGAUACGAUUCGAUUCGACGAGACUCGAGACUUGUAUUAAAAAUACCUCGAAGGUUCAAAGU